UAGUGAGCAGUCUGAGACAGGCACUGGGUGAAUCAUUAGCCAACUGCUACACUGGGAUGCUUUUGUCUGGAGUCUAAAAGGAAAUACAUAUACAUUGAUAUAGACAAUACUAUACUGUCUGCCUUUUCCUGACCUGCAUCUUCUUCUUUUUACCUUGGGCUUUUACCAAUACACCAAAGUGGAUGUAAUAUCUGGUGGAUCUCCAGUCCAAAAUGCUGCUGGUUUCCCAGCGCAUAGAAGCACCACGCAUGGAGCCUUAUAUACCACUACAAGGAUCCAUAAAGAGAAAGCUGGAAGAAGACAGUUCUCCUGUGUCCUCGAGCAUAAAUGAUAUCAUAUUUUCAAAUGACAACAAGCGACUCUGUCUUGAUGAUGUUACACUUCCUAUGGGCCAAACACAAAGUAGCGGUUCGGGUGUGACAUGUCCUGAUUUGCAGCACUCACCUUUCUCCACUAACCAGAAUUCUUCAUCUAUGGGAGUGGGUGGUCAUCAAGUUCUGCUAGAGAAUAACCACAUGAAUGGGAGAGGAAUGGCUUCCCCAUUCUCUGUAUCACAGAGCACAGAUAUGGGUCAAAAGGUACCAUAUGAAGAAAAAAAUAGCAAUCUACAGUCUGUGGACCAAGAAUUACAGGACCUGUUGGAAGAGUUAACUAAACUGCCUGACCCAUCUCCAAAUGAUCUGGACCUUGAGAAAAUUUUGGGAGGUAAGCCAGAUGAGCCACUUGUAAUUAGUCAUUCACAACCAGCCUUGAGUACAACUCCCAAUCUUUCUCCUCCACAAUCAUCUCACUUGGACAAUAUCUCUAACAAAGAUUUCACUAGUGGAUGCAAUUCUGCCAGUGCUAGUUCCCCACAGGUUAGGCCCUCAUCUGCUGGAACAAACUAUCCCAUUCCUUCAUCAAACAAACCUGUUCCCUCACCUGUCCCUACAACUCAGAAUAAAAGUCAGUCACAGUCUAUAUUACCUUCAUCAAUGGCUAAUAUGCCUGGAGGAAAUUGGCAUGCUCAACAGCUUAAACAACUGGCUGCCAGUAAGCAAGGACCCCCAGCCAAGCAGCAAGUGCCGACAAGUAACUGGCCAACAAUUUCACCUACAGGUCUUUCGCCACCAUAUAGACCUGGAUCUUCUCCUCAGCAACCGUUUAGUCCGCAAAAUGUCAUGGUACCCAAUAUGAAUGCAGGCAGUUUGCAAGGAAAUGCUAUACAAGGUUCACAGAGUACACUAUUAUCAAGUAUGUCUUCUACCAGUAAUUCUACCAGCCGGCCUUCUCCACCUUACGGGUCAGAAAAGAUUGCAAGUCCAGCAUUAAACCAGCAGCCCUUUAGUCCACAGAAUCCUAUGUUACAGAGCAUAACAUCGAGCAACAUCCCAGGAAAUACAAUAAAAAGCCCCCAAAACAAUAUGGUGCCAAAUAUGGCAUCUGCCAAUGCUGGACCUUCUCCGCCCUAUCAGCCAGAGAAACUUUCAAGCCCAGCCUUGCAUCAACAGCCAUUUAGUCCACAGAACACCUUGAUGUCUAAUCUCACACCUACAGGCAGCCAGUCAAGCUUACAGAACUCGCUUUUCAAGCCGAUGGCCACAAACCAGCCAAAAAACAUAAAUAUGAUUAUGCAACAGCCAUCAAAUGGCUUGCAGGCUGGCAUAGUCAGUGAAAAUCCAGUGGAUCAUUUUUCCUUUAACAACACCAAGCCACUUUCCCACUUUGCACCUGAUUCUGCUGGACAGAAAAUGAACUUGUCAUCAAAUCCUGGAUUAAUCCAUUAUCUUCAGCAGCAGCAACAACAGCAGCAGCAGCAACAGCAGCAGCAGCAGCAACAGCAGCAACACCAGUCCUCAGCAGUGCAGCAGUCCCAGCAAGUCAGCAACAAUCAAUUUCUUCAACAACAGAUACGUCAGUUAAUGCAGCCUUCCCGAAUGCAGAGACAAAUGCAGACCAGUGGUUUGCCUGGUCAACCCCGACAGGAUCCAAAUGCUGGAAUUGUUCCCAGAAUGCAAGAAGGAGGCUCCAUACCAAGUGCAGGCCCCGGGCCUACUCCUCUCACAGCUAAUGGCUAUAUACGCAAUGCAAUCCUGAAGGAGCAAAUAAUGAGGAGGCAGCAGGUGAAACCAAGACCAAAUAUGAUGGCCAUGACAUCUGAACAACGCAAUGCAUUUGUAGCACAGCAAAUGAACCAGUUUCAGUCUAUUCCACAAAAUCUUCGUACAGAUUGUGUUCAGCCCAUGCCAACACCUCCACAGAGCCACCGAAUGAUGACAUCGACACAAGGGCUGAUUCAGACCAAUAUGGGAAGUGGAAUGACACCAUCAACAAUAAAUCAGAACAGUGGGACAAUGGUAAUGAUUCCGCACAACACUGGUAAACCACAAGGAAUCUUCCCAGGAUCUUCAGAUUUUAAUAUGCCACUUAGGCAGAACCAGAAUGCACUGAGCAUGCCCUCUGGUUGCCAAACUGUGCACAGCCAAUCCACUGUUCGGCCAGGAAUGACAUUGUCUGGAUAUACUUCCAGCUCACUAAUAACCCAUUCUGGAGCUCAGCAACACUUACGACAGUCCAACAUAUCAAGAAUUCCCAAUGUCUAUGUCAACCCUUCUUCUCAGAUGUGGACUCAGACUGGUGUUUCAAGAAUACCAGGUCAAACCCAAAUGGAUCCCAGCAUGCAGCAAUUUUCAAACAAUCCACUGUUCACCAAACAAAAUGUCAGACCAAACAUGGUGAGCCAGCAGUUUCCCCACCAGGGAGUGGUUCCUCCUAACCAGAUUGCUCCUGGGGUUCAAGUAAGACAAAUGCAAAAACUUGGUCUGCCCCAGGCAAAUCCAGGAUUAGGGUCCUUGAACAAUCCUAACCUUGGAAACAGUUUAUCCAGAGGUCAGCUAGCUUCUGUCAAUGUAAUGAAAACCAUGCCACAAGGUGUUUCCACAUUUAACCAAAUGAACCCUGGUCAGCUUGGUCCACCUUCAUAUGGUCCAACUUCAGUCCAAACCCCUGAAACUUUCGAAAGACUUGGUUCUGGGGCAGAUCUCCACCAAUAUGACUUUGUAACAGCACAGAGUAACUCUGUCUUAUCUGCUAACUGCAAUGAAGCAGACUUUAUUGACUGUCUAAUGAAGGGAGGUCAUACCAGCAGUACUGACGAAGACUGGCUAAACAACUUGACAAUUCUUGAUGACAUUUUAGGGCAGCACAGUCAAAAUCCAGGACCAGUGUAGCCCAGGGUGGUUCUAACAUAUCCAUAAAUCACGUGACUUGAAAUACGUGGUUAAUGCUGACACUUGUUCUGAUGCCUGUAAAUAUUUAAAUAUUUUUUAAAUUAUGUUUUUUUUUCUCCAAAAAUAAAUAGAAGUACUUCUACUUCUGUGUGUGAUUGUACAUAAAAUAUAGCAUAAUGUUUUGUUACAUUAUAGGAAUUUCAUUUAUAAUACCUUGUUUUAAAUAUGCAAAUAUUAUCAUUAGUUCCAGUAAUACUAUGUAUUACAGUCUAAAUAACUGUUAUGUCUUUUCACAUAACAAAAGGUAGGGGUGUCAAAGCAAACUGAAUACAAUGCAUGCCAUACAUUUGCCCUUUAAAUACUUGAUAUAUUAAAUAAUAAACUUUCUGUAGUCCAGCUCCAGGAACAGAAGCCUGUGAGCGAAAAAAUUAAAUCCGGAUGCCAGGUAAAAUCUUGCCACAGAUCUGGUAUGCAGGAUUUCCAGCCAUCAGUAAAUAUACUGGCAGUCUGUUAAAAAAAUGGCCUUGUAUAUGCAAGCAUAUCAAUGCAGUUGUCUAGUUUGGGGUUUUACAGCUCUCUGUACAUUAAAAUGUACAACAUAAAGUUAUACUGAGGUCCACAGACCUGUUGCAAAAGGGUGUUGAACAAAAGUGUUUUGUGCCUUGCUAAUGGGAACUUCCCACAGUGUUCAGCAAGUGUUAAAUGCUGCAAUAGAGUUUCUUGAAGAGGUGUACAGUUGUGACUGUAUGCUUAAAUAGGGUGAUGCAAGCAAACAUGAA